UUCGCACUCAAGACAAAGCAAGCAAAACAAAGAUGGUGGCUAAGUGAAAAAAUUCUUCUGUUCAAGGAAAAAUUACAAUUUUUACUGGGAAUUUACCCUCAAAAAUGAACGAAAAUAGCUGGAAUCGAAUCCCGGCCGUCAAUAUUAUCACACUUAGCAUAAUUCUGUCCGUUUUAUGCUGGAUACAGACAGCAAAUGCCCAGUUGCACAAAAAUCUCAAACACUACGAAACGCUGCACGCGGACGAUCUGACACACCGUAUCACAAAACGAGGAACGAAACAUAGCAGUCAUCCGUUCAACACCAUCAAGGAGGUGGAGUUUCGGGUGUUGGGUCGUAACUUCCGGCUGAUACUGCACCCACACCGAGAAGUACUGCACAGCAACUUCCAUGCCUACUCGGUCGAUGGCAGUGGGACGGAAUCGGUGAUUCACCUGGAUCGGGACAAUUUUUUCAAGGGUCGAGUGUUCGGGGAGUCAAAUUCUCAGGUAAACGCACACCUGGAGAAUGGACUGUUGACAGCUUCGGUGGUGCUGCCCGACGAGACGUACCACAUUGAGCCGUCGUGGAGGCAUCUGGACCGGUUGAGCGAUAGGCACAUGAUUGCGUACAAGUCGUCCGAUAUAAAGUUCAGUUGGGACGACGUGGAAGCGGUAGGUGGUGAAAUGGGUGGGGUUCCUAAGACGUGCGGAUACGUUAAGGAGGGACUGGAACUGGAAGAGGACAAUGAGGAUGGUAGUGCCGAUGGGGAAAAAGAGCAAGAGUUGGGGUUUGAUACGCUGGUACCGUCGGUUUGGACGGUUACGGAACCGACCGAGGGAAGGAAGAGUAGACGGAAGCGACAAGCCGAUCAGUACGAGUAUACACCAACGAAGACACGGUGCCCACUGCUGCUGGUGGCGGAUUAUAGGUUCUUCCAGGAAAUGGGAGGAAGCAACACUAAAACUACCAUAAAUUAUUUGAUAAGUCUAAUUGAUAGAGUUCAUAAGAUUUAUAAUGACACCAUCUGGCAAGACCGUUCCGAUCAGGAGGGAUUCAAAGGAAUGGGAUUUGUUAUCAAGAAAAUUGUUGUCCAUUCGGAACCCACCAGAGUGAGGGGAGGGGAAGCGCACUAUAACAUGGUUCGUGAGAAAUGGGAUGUGCGUAACUUGCUAGAGGUAUUCUCUCGCGAAUACAGUCACAAAGACUUUUGUCUAGCCCACCUUUUUACCGAUCUUAAAUUCGAGGGUGGUAUUCUCGGGCUAGCUUAUGUCGGGUCUCCUCGACGUAACUCCGUCGGUGGUAUUUGCACACCAGAAUACUUCAAAAACGGUUACACCCUGUAUCUGAAUUCUGGCCUGAGCAGUUCGCGCAACCACUACGGCCAACGUGUAAUCACCCGCGAAGCGGAUCUAGUAACUGCCCACGAAUUCGGCCACAACUGGGGUUCCGAGCACGAUCCGGACAUUCCGGAAUGUUCGCCGAGCGCUUCACAGGGCGGUAGCUUCCUGAUGUACACCUACUCCGUCAGCGGAUACGACGUGAAUAAUAAAAAAUUCUCACCAUGCUCGUUGCGAUCGAUCCGCAAAGUUCUGCAGGCCAAAUCGGGACGAUGUUUCUCCGAGCCGGAAGAAUCUUUCUGUGGCAAUCUGCGAGUCGAAGGUGAUGAGCAGUGCGAUGCGGGUUUGCUAGGAACGGAAGAUAACGAUGCGUGCUGCGACAAAAAUUGUAAACUGCGGCGGAAUCAGGGAGCGGUUUGCAGCGAUAAGAAUUCACCGUGCUGCCAGAACUGUCAGUACAUGAUGGCUGGGGUGAAGUGUCGGGAAGCUCAGUAUGCGACAUGUGAGCAAGAGGCUAGAUGUACCGGAAAUCAUGCGGAUUGUCCCAAGAGUCCUCCGAUGGGCGAUGGGACUAUGUGUCAGGAGCGAGGACAGUGUAGGAAUGGAAAGUGCGUUCCGUACUGUGAAACGCAGGGACUGCAGAGCUGUAUGUGCGAUACGAUGGCGGACGCCUGCAAGCGGUGCUGUCGGCAAAGUAUUAACGAAACGUGCUUUCCGGUGGAACCACCAGAUGUGUUACCCGAUGGAACACCAUGCAUUCAAGGAUUCUGCAAUAAGGGGAUGUGCGAGAAGACAAUUCAGGACGUGGUUGAACGAUUCUGGGAUAUAAUAGAGGAAAUUAACAUCAACAAAGUGUUGCGGUUUCUGCGGGAUAACAUAGUCAUGGCAGUCGUGAUGCUGACAGCCCUGUUCUGGAUUCCAGUCAGCUGUAUAAUAUCGUAUUUCGAUCGUAAAAAACGAAAGGAAGACUGGAAGGAGUACGAGUGGAGUCAAAAGCUAGAUUUAAUUCAUCCAAGCGAUCGUAGACGAGUAAUUCAUAUAAGAGUUCCACGGCAAAAAAUUACCGUUGCUCGAAUGUAAGAAGAGGUUUACAUUAUGCAUUAACUUCUCCCAACCGAAAAUGGUCCCAUUUCACACAACCAUAACAAAUAAAAACGAACGACAAAGUUUACUUUUCACGUAAAAUCGUCUUUU